ACCACACCGCAACCCCAAACAAGGAAAUGGUGCAGGGCGGGGGUUCCCGGCGCUGGGGGCGCUGAUCCCGCCGCGCCCCCCUCCCCCAUGGGUGAGCCAUGGACUACGAGUUCAAAUCCAAGCUGGCGGCCGAGCGCGAGCGGGUGGAGGAUCUGUUCGAGUACGAGGGCUGCAAAGUGGGGAGAGGCACCUACGGGCACGUCUACAAAGCGCGGCGCAAGGACGGAAAAGAUGAAAAGGAGUAUGCACUGAAGCAAAUUGAAGGUACAGGGAUAUCGAUGUCGGCCUGUAGAGAGAUUGCACUUUUACGAGAAUUGAAGCACCCCAAUGUGAUUGCAUUACAGAAGGUUUUCCUUUCUCACAGUGAUAGAAAGGUUUGGCUGCUGUUUGAUUAUGCCGAACAUGAUUUGUGGCAUAUUAUCAAGUUUCACCGUGCCUCAAAAGCAAAUAAAAAGCCCAUGCAGUUGCCAAGAUCUAUGGUUAAAUCACUACUCUACCAGAUCCUUGAUGGAAUCCAUUACCUCCAUGCAAACUGGGUGCUUCACAGGGACCUGAAACCAGCAAACAUUCUGGUAAUGGGAGAAGGUCCUGAAAGAGGAAGAGUCAAAAUAGCUGACAUGGGUUUUGCAAGAUUGUUCAAUUCACCUCUGAAACCUUUAGCAGAUUUGGAUCCAGUUGUGGUGACAUUCUGGUAUAGAGCUCCAGAACUGUUACUUGGUGCCAGACAUUACACAAAAGCAAUUGAUAUAUGGGCAAUUGGGUGUAUAUUUGCUGAGCUAUUGACUUCAGAACCUAUUUUUCACUGUCGUCAGGAAGACAUCAAAACGAGCAAUCCUUUUCAUCAUGAUCAGCUAGACCGCAUUUUUAGUGUAAUGGGAUUCCCAGCAGAUAAAGACUGGGAAGAUAUAAGGAAGAUGCCAGAAUAUCCCACACUUCAAAAAGACUUUAGGAGAACAACAUAUGCCAAUAGUAGCCUCAUAAAAUACAUGGAGAAACACAAAGUCAAGCCUGACAGUAAAGUUUUCCUUUUGCUUCAAAAACUUCUUACCAUGGAUCCUACGAAGAGAAUUACCUCAGAGCAGGCUUUGCAGGAUCCCUAUUUCCAGGAGGAUCCAUUGCCUACGUCAGAUGUGUUUGCUGGCUGCCAGAUUCCUUAUCCAAAACGAGAAUUCCUCAAUGAGGAUGAACCCGAAGAAAAAGGAGAUAAGAAUCAACAGCCACAGAAUCAACAUCCGCAACAAACAGCACCUCAGCAGCAACCGCAAGCAGCACCUCAGCAACAGCAAAACAGUGCCCAGACAAAUGGGACUGCAGGAGGCGGUGGCGCAGGAGGAGGCGGCACUGGGGCAGGACUUCAGCACAGCCAGGACUCCAGCCUCAAUCAGGUGCCUCCAAAUAAGAAACCACGCAUAGGGCCUUCAGGCACUAACUCAGGCGGGCCUGUCAUGCCUUCAGAUUAUCAGCACUCCAGUUCACGCCUGAGUUACCAAAGCAACAUUCAGGGAUCUUCUCAGUCCCAGAGUACAAUGGGCUAUUCCACAUCAUCUCAACAGAGCUCUCAGUAUCAUCAGUCUCAUCAGUCUCAUAGGUACUGAGACCUAAUAGACUGCGCUUAGAAAGGAAUGGACUAAAAGUCAAAAGACUCCAGCAAUAUGAAGUUCCUAACAAUGAGAAGAACCAAAAAUGCAAACUGUGAUACAGAUUUAAAAUUCACAAUUAUAAAAGGAAAACUUUAUUUACUGAAGAUUUUUUUUCAAUGACUCUGUUCCUUCUUUAUUGCCAUAAAGGAGAUUCUUGUGAAGUGCCCCCCGCCCUCCCGCGUGCUUCCCUCGCAUGUGUUCCAUUGUGGUAACUCUAAUGAAACCGUCUGAUCUGAACCCAGCACUUAACUUCUUUAACCUAUGGAAUUUUUGAAGGAUUCCUGGUGCACCUUUCUCAUGCUGUAGUGAUCGCCAUAAAUCUAUCUUUUCAAAUCUCUUUAAUGGGAUUUUAAAGUUUUAAAAUCUUGAACUCCCAGGCUUUCAAGCUUGUAUAUAGUUAGUUUUAUACUAGGCAAACCAGUUUAGCUAUACAGGUAUAAUGCACCUUUUAAAAGCACUAUGUUUUUUUCACAGGAUAUUACUGUUUUCCUCAUGGAUGUCAAGAACAGCAAAUUUUACUGUUCCAGAGUAUUUUACUAUUCUGUUUGUAUUAGUCUAGUUUUCAGGCGAUGUCUUAGGGGAAAAAAAAAACAAAAAAAAAUCAACCCAAGUCUCUGCAGCAGCUAAUGUGCUUCAUGGUACUGGACUGUUCACCAAACAGAAGAUUGUGAAUGUUUCCUAAAUCUUUCAUAUUGAAUCCCAUACAUAUUAUGACCAUGUUCUGAGUAGUGCUGAAUUAAGCAUUAUUUUAAACUAAAGCAUGAUACUUACAUGAAAAGGAGAUGCUUUUGGAGCGCCAUUGGAAUAGAGGAAUGGAAUGUAACAGAACGUCUUCUCUGGCUAGGCACCCAAAAUAGCCAGGAAAAUAUAUUUAGUGCCCUAUGAUCUCAGUAGAAGAGAGAAUGUGGUUGAGGACUUAUACUAGUCCUUGUUUAAAAAAACAAAACAAAACAAAAAACCACUUCUUUAAUGUGUGUGGGAGCUCUAUAUAUCUCCCUUUGUCAGUUUCCCUGAAUCAAUUAUCUAAAUAUAAGACAACAAAAAUGUAAAGGAUUAUAAAAUAAAAAAACAAAUAAUUGUCCAUUUUUAUAUAAGAUCAUCAAAUUUAAGAUAACUUAUUGUAUGUUUUGAAGAGCAUGUUGAAAAUUGUCUUCGUUUUUCAUGUUUAAUACGCAAAUUCUUUAUUCUUCACAUUGCUGUGAUUAAUCCAGAUUGGUUGCACUGAAAUGUUUCUUUUUCCUAAGAGCAAACACAUUGUGAUUGUGCCUAAGGACCAUAAGUGGAUGGGUUACUAGCAGUCUAUCCCAGGUAAAUAAUUAGAGCUCACAAGCAUAAUCGGAGGAUCAUUAUCCAACUUUCGGAGCCACAGGUAUUCAGAGACACAUAAUGUAUAAUUUGGAGCAGCUCCAUUUUCCUUCUGUGUUUAGAAAUAAGGCUGAUGAAUUUGAUUGCACUAAAACUGGAAAGACAUUCAUGUACUUUAGAAUGUUCCUCGCUGUAUGAGCAGCACCAGUCUUUUUUAAUUGAUUGCUGGAGAAGAAGUCAAGAAAGGAGCAAAUUAUGUUUAAGCAAUGCAUAUUACGGACAUGUACACUACACAGUGUGAUAUCAUGUUUAGUUGUGUUCUAUCCUGAAUCCAUGCAAGACUUUAGACAUAACCACUAUACAUUCCACACUAAAAUUGUGAUAGAAACUAGGCAGGUGGUAGAUCCUUUGUCUGAGGAGAAUGUUUUUUCGUCCCAGUUAGAGUAAUAAGUAUUUCCAUUGAGAGUGAGCUCCCAGUCACGUUUAAUGUUUUUUUUCCUCUCACAAAAAUGUUUUGCUUUUAUAACCAAUUGGAAACCUGGUUUGGCCACACCAGCUGCCACAAGACUUUGCUCCGUUUGCCGAUGACACCAGGCUUCUCUGAAAAGUGACUGAAGAAAGAAUGGGCAAGAAGUGAUAAAAAUGAAAUGAAGCAAUUUGAAGGAAAAUAUAAAUUAUUAUUAGGACAAACCCAUCUCCUAUUGGAUACUUUCCAUCUUUAUUCUUUGUGAUACUACAUGUCCUGUGCUUCUGCGUAGCUUAGUUGGCAGGAACUGAUUUUAAUUGUUGAUAAAUGUUUUUACCUGCUUGCAAUGUAUCUGGGCUCGAAAGAUGCAAGUCCCCACCUCUUAAUGAUGUCAGUGGGAGUCCCAUGUCUAUCUGAAGGAGAAUUUUGCCCCUGCCCUACAACAACAUUAUUGGAUAUUCUUGUGACUGGCUUCCAAUUUUCUGGAUACCAGGCUCUGGACAUGCUGGUCGUUGUCUCCUGUCUUCUUCAUAUCCCUCUGUCCUCUCAAAACACCAUUAGCUAUUGUAACAUAAUUGUCUAAAGUUUGUCCCCCUCCCACCUGCUUUUAUUCAUCAUCAAAUUAUUGAUGGUGGCAGGGGGACAAAAAUCUGCUUGUAGUUAAGCUGGACUCUUAUAGUGCCAACAAAGCUGAAUCAUAGUGUAGGUUCAUCGAUGUGUGGAGUGCAAAGAUACACAGCAUUAUAAUGUGCUUUAAUUCAAUGAGCUUCCAUUCCCUAGAAUGACUGCUAUCACCAUUGUCUAAACUGAAUAGAUAAUUCUGUAUUUGCUAGAUCUAAAUUGCUUGCUGUGCUUUAGCCCCUUGCAGCUUCUGUGCACGUGCAAAGCUGAGCUAACUCCUCCAUUGCCUUCAAAAUAAAAGUAGAAAGGGGAAUAAAUAAAAGCAGUGGUUACUGCUUAAAAAUGUUUACUGUGCACGUUUGCUCGCUUUCUCUCUCUUUGUCAGUUGGUGUUUGGAUAUUUGGCCUUUUCUGGUGAGCUAUGUGUGAAUUUCAGGGUGGAUGGAAGCCAAGGUGAGAGAGACUUGUUCAGAGGUAAUUUCAUGAGGAAAAAUGCUCUUUGUAUUCAGAGGUUAAUCAUGUAAUAUGUUAUGGGAACCCAGGAUCAUGUAUAUUUUUCUACCUGUGCAGUUUUGGUAAUUGACACUUAUUAUUAUUCACAGUUUUGACCGUACCCAUAACCUCUGUGUGCCCUCAGAAAGGUAUUUCACACUGGCAACUAGAAAUGGAAAGUGACAUCAACUUGAUCGUUUUCUCAUUCCUGUUCCCUUGGUGAAGCAGUGGACAGUCAAAUACCAUCCUGCAAUGUUUCUCAUCUGGUUUUUGGAGAAGACAGGAGAGUGAGGAAUGGGAUUAGCAGCAUAGUCUACAUUGGUGAAGUUUAUGUAGCACAAACUGCACAAUGAAGGAAGAAUAUUGUGAAAGCUGCGAGUCCUGCACUGUAUCUGUGACACUGU